CCUUCACAAACUCACUCCCUCUCUCUGUCUCUCACACAAUCCUAUUCAUUUCAACACAAAAACUCCAAAAUCCCUGAAACUCCAUUUCUUGUUCUCAAUUGUUGCAGCUUGAUCCCAUGGCUCGCAUUGGCACUUUGCUGGUUCUGUUCUCAGUUUUCUUUGCUUCCCUGUGUUCAUGUCCAGAAGGAAGGAAGCUUCAUAUUGGUUCAGCUAAGCACAGCAUGAAGGUUGACCCGUCUUCUUCUUCAAGUCGCAGUUUGUUUCUGAGUUCACUUCCCAAGGGAAAUGUUCCAACUUCUACACCAAGCAAGAAAGGUCACUCUGUGGAGGUUGAUGAGAAGCUCAUUGCUCGUCACCUCACUGAACGACUUCUCCUCCGAUCUGUUCCUAGCCCUGGUGCUGGCCAUUGAGUAUAGCUACUUCUGUAUUAAUUUUUUUGUUCCUUUAUCAGAUCAGAACACAAUUUAAUUAAAUACUUUGUAAUGUUGUUUAGAUUCUUUUGUAAGGUGGAAGAAUUAGCAGCACUAUAGAGAUUAGGGAUACUUGAGCUGUAUAAAGAUACCAUUUCUAGUAUAUAGUCUCUGUUUCUACUCUGUUUUUGUAUUGGGAUUAUUUGCAAUCCCUUUUAGAUUUAUCAAUAUUAAAUUGAGGGAUAAAUAUAUGUAGUGACAAUUUUGUCUUUCUCUUGACCAA